GGUCAAGGCCGGAGCGCCGGGCGGCGCGGGCGCGGCGGCCGGACGCGCGGGGCCGAGAUGGGAUGUGACGAGCAGCGCGCUGUGCAUUGUGGGAAGCCGGCCGCGAGGACUGGUUCCAGUUCACUCGGCAGCGGCGCCGGGCGGAGGGGGCGAGCGCGGGCCGUGCGGGCGGGAAGCGAAGAGGCGGGCGGGCCAGCGAGGAGCGCAGAGAGAAAAGGCGCGAGCGGCCGAGAGGGCUCCAGCCGAGACACCUUGCAGCUGCCGCCGCCGCCGCCGCUGUGCUCACUGAUCCGCCUCCAAGAUCACCGUCAUGUCGAGCCGCGGUGGGAAGAAGAAGUCCACCAAGACGUCCCGGUCUGCCAAAGCAGGAGUCAUCUUUCCUGUGGGGCGGAUGCUGCGGUACAUCAAGAAAGGCCACCCCAAAUACAGAAUUGGAGUAGGGGCACCCGUGUACAUGGCUGCCGUCCUGGAAUACCUGACAGCGGAGAUUCUGGAGCUGGCUGGCAAUGCAGCGAGAGACAAUAAGAAGGGACGGGUCACGCCCCGGCACAUCCUGCUGGCUGUGGCCAAUGAUGAAGAGCUGAAUCAGCUGCUAAAAGGAGUCACCAUAGCCAGUGGGGGGGUGUUACCCAACAUCCACCCCGAGUUGCUAGCGAAGAAGCGGGGAUCCAAAGGAAAGUUGGAAGCCAUCAUCACACCACCCCCAGCCAAAAAGGCCAAGUCUCCAUCCCAGAAGAAGCCUGUGUCUAAAAAAGCAGGAGGCAAGAAAGGGGCCCGGAAAUCCAAGAAGAAGCAGGGUGAAGUCAGUAAGGCAGCCAGCGCUGACAGCACGACUGAGGGCACGCCUGCCGACGGCUUCACAGUCCUCUCCACCAAGAGCCUCUUCCUCGGCCAGAAGCUGAACCUUAUUCACAGUGAAAUCAGUAAUUUAGCCGGCUUUGAGGUGGAGGCCAUAAUCAAUCCUACCAAUGCUGACAUUGACCUUAAAGAUGACCUAGGAAACACGCUGGAGAAGAAAGGUGGCAAGGAGUUUGUAGAAGCUGUUCUAGAACUCCGGAAAAAGAACGGGCCCUUGGAAGUAGCUGGAGCUGCUGUCAGCGCAGGCCACGGCCUGCCCGCCAAGUUUGUGAUCCACUGUAAUAGUCCAGUCUGGGGUGCAGACAAGUGUGAAGAACUUCUGGAAAAGACAGUGAAAAACUGCUUGGCCCUGGCUGAUGAUAAGAAGCUGAAAUCCAUUGCAUUUCCAUCCAUCGGCAGCGGCAGGAAUGGUUUUCCGAAGCAGACAGCAGCUCAGCUGAUUCUGAAGGCCAUCUCUAGUUACUUUGUGUCCACAAUGUCCUCUUCCAUCAAAACGGUGUACUUCGUGCUUUUCGACAGCGAGAGUAUAGGGAUCUAUGUGCAGGAAAUGGCCAAGCUGGACGCCAACUAGGCUGAGCAACGACAGAACCAGCUGCACCAUGUACCCCACCUCCAAUUUAAACGAAAAACAAAUCCCCUUCACUCCCACUGGGAGGUGGGAGCCCUUUCAUUUUCAGUUUUGCUCAUCUAGGGAAAAUAAGGCUUUGGUUUCCAGUUUAAUUGUUUUUGACCUUCUAAAAUGUUUUUAUGUUAGCACUGAUAGUUGGCAUUACUGUUAAGCACUGUGUUCCAGACCGUGUCUGACUUAGUGUAACCUAGGAGAUUUUCUAGUUUUAUUUUAACGAAACCCUGAUUGGCGCACAGCAGUGAGGAGAACAGCGUCUUUUACCUGUCGCCGAACCCAGGAAGCCCCAUUUGUAACCGUGUGUUGUGGUGCUUUCUCGUACACCCAGUGGCGUUCUUUUUACUCUAAUGUUCUUUAUUUUUUUUUUUUCCUCAGAAGAAUCAUGAAUUUGCAACAAACCUAAUUUUUGGUUACUUUUUGUCUUAAUGAUGGAUUUGAAAAUGAAAGAUUUAAAAGGAAAAGCAGAAUCUGUUGUCCUUAAUUAUAUUUGCAAUUUGGAAUUUGUGUGAGUUGAUUUAGUAAAAUGUUAAACUGUU